AUAAAUCACAAUUCACAACACAACUUAAAAACUGAAUGUGAGGUGAAACCUUUAUUGCUCUUAUUCGCAACUUUAUUACACUUUCUAAAUGUUUAUCCAUCGGCAAGAAAAUUAUGUGCAUCUGUGAAUGAAAUCUUCAACCUUAAAUAAUUCAGGGACGAUCCGAGAGUAAAUUGUGUCCAUUUGAAGCACCCCCAGCACUGUUUGUACUCCUUGCUGCUCCUCUGAGCUUUAAUAGUUUAAGAGGGCGAUAACUGGAACACUCCAAAAGGUAGUUAUUUUGCAACUUUGGCCGUAUCUUUUAUUUACUUUUGAGAAUGAAAAGAUUCACUGUUUUGCCUGUGACUUUAUUUCGAAUUCAGCAUAAGUUGCCCGUUGAGUUGAGAGAUCAUGCAACUCAGAUGGCUAAGCAACGCACAUCCUUUGAUUUGAAGACCUACACUGAAAAGAAAUUGGUUCGGCCAAUGGAAGGAGACAAGUUUCACACUCCAAAUGGUCUGUCACUGCGCCCUAAAGGUCAGACUAUGGCUCAGAUCUUGACUGAAUUUAGAGGUUCACCAACAAUAUUCUGCAUUCAAGCUGGAACUCCAUUGCCGGAGCGUUGUGUUCUCCUCCACGAACAUACUGACCACUAUUCAUUGCAAGUGGCUGAAGAGAUGCCUUUAGAUGAGUUCAAUACUAUUCUCAAUGAGUACCUGAAGAAACACCCCAUUAUCACUAAAAAGGCGUGGCUUGAAGCGUGGAAUGAUCCCGAUGACCAGGACAACUGAACAUUUCGACAGGGUGUACAAUGUAUGUACAUACUUGCCGGCUAUUUCAAAGUUCAUAAAAUUUUUCGGUAAAACGCAAUGUUAAUUAUUUAAUGAUUGCUCCAGUUGCCGACUCUUGAACUACGCCUUUGUGAGAAAUUUCAGAAUUCUAUGAAAUGAAUUCCUCUCGAUGAAUUAGUUGUUUAUAGUAUCUUUGAUCACAUGGAUUGCAUUCUGCAAUAAGGAACCACGAUCUCUGGCUCUUUCAUAAAAGCACAUGUCUGCAUAGGGAAACCAAUGGCAUAUAUGUUGUUUCUAAAAUGGGCCAGAAAUAGUGGUUUCUUAUUGCAAAAUGAAAUUCACAUGAGGCAAGUAUCAGUCCCUUACUCUGCAUUUUCUUAGAAAUUAAAGUUAUAUCUAUUCAUUCA